GCAGCAGGACCACGCUGUACUUCCCUGUUCCUGUUCCUCCCAGCUCAAAGAUGGCAGCCACGGGACUGAGAUGAGAGACGACACAAUUUAGGAGUUUUGCCAUGAAACAACACUGGAGUGAACGGCUGUUAAAUGCAUGGUUUUGACAUGACAGCGAUGUAAUUUGUCACUGCCAAUGUGCCGGCUUGCGAAGACAAUUAAAGGAUUCAUAAAUGUCAUGUUUUCCUGUGGGCUAAGCUAGCAAGCAGCGGUUAGCAAAUAAAUGAAUUUGUCUCUUCUGCCUCCCAGAAAUAAAGCAGCUGCUUCACAUACGCUGUAUUGACAUAUUGUAAGCUCAGUUUCAUCAUGGCCAUCACUCAGUUCCGUCUGUUCAAGAUCUGCACAUGUUUAGCCAGCUUACUUUCUUUCUUGAAAAGGUUAAUAUGCAGGAGUGGUAGGGGCCGCAAGCUCAGUGGUGAUCAAAUAACUCUUCCGACAACAGUGGAUUUUUCAUCAUCAGUACCAAAACAGCCAGAGGUUGAAGAAUGGAGCUCUUGGGAUGAAGAGGCUCCUACAAGUAUUAAGAUUGAAGGUGGCAACGGAAAUGUUUCCCCUUCAGCCAACGAUGUAGAUGAAGAACCUGACUACUUUAAAGACAUGGCUCCUACCAUCAGGAAAACACAAAAGAUCUUGUUGAAGAAAAGGGAGCCUUUGAACUACUUGGUGCCUGAUGGCUCAGCAGGUUUCUCCAGCAGACUGGCAGCCUCACAGGAUAUGAUGGCCUUCAGUCCACCCUCAGCUGAACUAGGAGAAAUGGAUAACUGGCAGGAGGACACCAAUGCCUGGGAGGACGAGUCUGAUGCUGCCUGGGAGGCGGAGGAGGUCCUCAGACAGCAGAAGAUGGCUGAAAGAGAAAAGCGCUCCAUGGAGCAGCAAAGGAAGAAGAUGGAGAAAGAGGCUCAAAGGAUGAUGAAGAAGGAGCAGAAGAUUGCUGUCAAGCUCUCGUAACAUUUUAGGAAUGCUCAAUUUUGAGCCAAAGGGAUAGGGCUGGGGCAAAGACACUAAAUCAUUUGUUCCUCUGUCUUUAAAAUCAUCAGGCCAACCAGGAUUAUCACCCUGCAUUACUUAUCUGUUAGCAAACUGUCCUCUCACUCCACCCUAUUUCCACCAGCAGCCAUUUUAGUCUGUUUUCCAGCUGCAGCAGUGUAAAAAUGCAUCAUUCUUGAGCAGAUAACGCACCUGGUGUACUUGCUGUUCAUGUGGCAAGGUCAUUUUGGUCUUCAAGGCUGAGCUGUAUUUCUACGAUCCAGUUCAUCUUAGGUUUAUCGUUAGAUGCAGCGUUAGAAGGCGCCAUUUAGAAUCUGAUUAAAUCUGUCAGGUAGUUUAAAAAAAUGUUCUGAUUUGUUUUUUUCCCAGGAACAUUUGUAAAUAAACAGGUACCUGCGCUACCUUUUAAAACUGAAAUAGGGGGUGCCAUUCCUUUUCUUUGUCAUGUUCAUAACCUCGAAGGACAAAGGAGUGUAAGUAAUUUUAAGCAUCGCUGUAUACCAGUGACAUCUCUCGGUUUGCUUGGUUCUUGUGUUUUUAUAUUUAUGAUUUUCAUUGUCUGAAUUUUUUUAAAUUUACUAAUGAAUGUUACUUGAUAUUUCACAUGAUCUCCCUGUGCUGUGCAGCCCUUACCACACUGGAAAUCUAAAUUAAAAUGGAGGCAGAAGGCUUUCAAUGGAUGGGUAAAUGACCAUAGACUAGACUCUAUCCUAACUAUAAAUGAUAGCUGUGGGUCCCUAUGGUAAUCUCAUAGCAACUGAUCUGCCAUUCAUUCUCCUGCAGCUUUUGAAAAUGUCCAGUGAUCAUGGCAUUUAUGUAAUUUUUUUUUGAGGGAGGGAAUGGUACUUUCCUCUUAAAUAUAUGAUACACUCAUUGUCUUUAUAAAACAUGGAUCGUCAUCACCAUAGUAAUCUCAGACUGUUUAUGUUGGCAGCAGAGAAGAGGAUAAAUAAAUUUUGGUUCCUUUUCUCAUCUGAAAAUCUAAGGCUAAUGGUUUUGACUGAGUAUUCUGGCAUGUAUCAUUAUAAUGAACUUACCAGUCGGUGUUGAAAAUAUUUGUACCAGUGCCAAUAGUCAACCAGUUGCCAUGGAAACAUUGGCAGUGAAGAAAGGCCCAUAUAAAUUUAAAUGUGCAAACAUGACACAAAAUGUUUCUGGUCAUGAUGUCUGAUAAAUGACUCAGGUGGGGGUAAGAGAGGCAGAUUUCUGUAUUGAAUGUUAGAGUUGUAAAACAAGCUGCUUGACGCUUCUAAAGAAAUACUGGUUAAAUGUUAGUGAUUUAUGGAAACACUCAGAGUUGUCAAUUCUGUUAAAACUCAAACGAUGAAAUGAUUGAUUAGUGGAUGAUAAGAUGUAAGAAUUUAAUUCAAUGCAGGUGUUUAUUUUAAGGGAAUUCAGUCAACUGUGUGGUUUGUGUUUUCUUUGGAAAUGCUCAUUUCCCAUUGUUUUCCUUUAAGAAAAGCUGCAUGUGGUUCUUUUUGUCAUUUUGCACAUUUAAGUUUUCCAAAAUGAAUCACAGAGAGCUUUUUUUGUUCCUCAACCAUUUCUUCCCAUUGAUGUGUAAGACCUCAUGUAAUAACACUUGACGUGGUUGAGCACAAAUGAGUUCACAGGCUCAAUCAGUCCAGAAGGUUUGGCAGAUUGUAUGCCUGCUCUAUUAGUCCUACACAGGUUUUUAAUUAAACUAUUUGAUUCAUA